ACUUCCUGCUUACGUCCAAGCGCACAACGUCGGAAAGAAAACAAGAUGCGGUAGUUGAACUUCACUGAAGAGUUGUGACCAAUGACAGCUUUAUUAACGUGUCACUAAAUGCAAUUUCUGUGGAGCCAAGGCGUGUGGCAGUAAUAGAAACCGAAACAUGCAGUUCUCUCCCACCAACGGAGAUUUCACGUUCGUGUCUUCGACAGAGGCUGAAGAACUCAGCGGCACCAUCAGCACUCCAGAUGUUAAACUGAAUAUAGGCAGUGACAGUGGGAAGGACCCGUAUGCCACCACCUUCCUGAGACAACGAGGCUACGGCUGGCUGCUGGAGGUGGAGGAAGAGGACAAUGAAGAGAGCAAACCUCUUCUGGAGGAGCUGGACAUUGAUAUAAAGGACAUCUAUUACAAGAUUCGAUGUGUGCUGAUGCCAAUGCCAUCACUGGGUUACAACCGGCAGGUGGUUAGAGACAACCCGGACUUCUGGGGCCCUCUGGCUGUGGUGUUGCUCUUCUCCAUGAUCUCCAUCUAUGGACAGUUCAGGGUUGUGUCUUGGAUCAUCACCAUCUGGAUAUUUGGAUCACUAACCGUCUUCCUGCUGGCUCGAGUUCUUGGUGGGGAGGUUUCAUACGGUCAGGUCCUUGGAGUGAUUGGGUAUUCCCUUCUUCCUCUCAUCGUCAUAGCCCCUCUGCUUUUAGUGAUUGGAGGCUUCGAGGUGGUUUCUACACUAGUCAAACUUUUUGGAGUUUUCUGGGCUGCAUACAGUGCUGCUUCACUGCUUGUCGGAGAUGAAUUUAAAACAAAGAAGCCCCUUCUCAUAUAUCCCAUUUUCCUACUGUACAUCUACUUCCUGUCACUAUAUACUGGAGUGUGAUUGGAUGACCUGGAGCUGUGGACCUUUUCAUGGACAGUUACCCUGGAGCAUGGGUGGGGGGAAAAACAAAAAAACCUACAAAACCAGGAUUUUUUUUAAAACUCUGUUAUUCUAGAUGUUGGGGGAGUUGGGAAUAUAUACUAAUGUAUAUAGUUUUUCCCUUGUGUCUUUGGUCAAUAAAGUGCAUAUGCUUUUGCUGCUUAAA